AUGCGAACGGCCAAAGUACCUGCAACGCCGGGAAGGGUUCUCGGCGGGAAAACUCAGAGGAUCAAGUCAGUUGAGGGUAAUGAUGGAGCUUUACUUGCCCAGAAAUUCAAUUCACCGAAAAAGCUAUUUCUCCCUUCUGUUUCCUUUUUUUUGCCAUUUUUGCACAUGUCUUCUCAUUCUUCCGAACCUUUUGGGCAAAAAUUACCUCAUUGCCAAUCUUCCGAAGGAGAUGACGAGAGUUCCGCUACUGCUAUCUCAUCUAGCGAGAUUAUGCCGAUCCCGUCAUCUUCGGAGGAAGGACCGCGGUUCUCCUCUUCUAGAAAAACUCGGAUUGUGGUAAAUAAGAAAAUAUCUGUGGAAAAUGUGUCAAUUCCGGCUAAGAGUGGUUCUCCCAUGCCGUCUGAGGGGCGAGACCCUGAUGAUCAAUGGGGAGCUAGUACUCUUAGCCAAGCAGACCUCUCUAACUUAGUUCGUGACAUAGAUUUAAGAAUCAAGAGGAUGUUCACAGCGUCCCUUGGCGGCCGACUCCGGAAGAAAACCUUGGAAGAAGUCACCACUAAACCCAAAGCUUCUAAGAAGGCUUCUGGGGUCGUCCGUCCCCGAGGUGGGGUCCGUAUAGAUGACUUAGCUUUUUCCUCUCCUUCUUCAACUGCCUUAGUGGUAGCUUCCUCCCCACCUCCGCUCGCCACUGACGAGAAUGCUGAGAAUGCGAUUACCACAUGCCGAGCUAUUGCCUUUCCCCAAGAUCUGGCUUUCUACCGCCAGAUGAGCAAAGGCGAUCGUUUGGAACUAUUGAUGCAUAACAUAACCCAGCAAUUUGCUAUUGCUUUUUCUGGUCCCUCGGGUUGGGACGACGUCUCUCGUGAGGCUUACGAGAACCAGAAAAAAGAAAUAAUCCAACUCCGAAAGGAGGUCCGAGUUCUUAAAGAAAGCUUGGCAUUAUGUGAGUCCUCUAAGAUGGCGUUGUUCGCUGACGUGAUGCGAGAGCAAGAAGAAAAGAAGAUCCUCCAGGCCGAGAAAGACUCACUGUCGUCCCAAAAUGCUGAGCUCGAAGAGAAGUUGAAAGUACUCACCAAUGAACUCUUUGAAGCGGGGCUGCAGGAGUUUGUGCGGCGGUUCUUCUAUCGCCUUUGGCGCUCUAUCACAUUCUCCCGAGAAGCGUCCAACUUGGCUCGCCAUUUCUUCUCUUCGGCUGUUACCGUUAAUCAUCAGUUUCAAUCUGACAAAGAUGAUUACCUUCGCUUUAUACUUAGUAUAGAUAACAUGUUCACAUAUAUGGACUUACGGACUUAUGGAUGUGACGAUGGUGAUUUUGACGAAAAAUAUGAUGAUCAAUGUACAAACGAGUACAAUAAUCCGAAUAUCCUAUCUCGGAAAGACGGCUCUAAGUCUUUGCUGAUCCAAGUCCGCUUCGUCAUGCCGGGGAUCAGGUCGAUCGUCAGUAGCUCGUCCAUGGGUUGCACAUGGGCGACGUUAUCUUCGGGGUUGAUUCGAGGGCGUUUCUCGUGCCCUAGGUCUUCGGUAGAGAAAGUGGACGAUACGUCUACAUUUGAAGUUGAUCAUACCGAUUAUUUUACCACUACUCAGUUGUUUGACUCGAAGGAUGAGGUAGUGGUUUGGGUGAGAUGGGAGGUUAGAGUAAUAUACGGGAAGCAUAAUCAUGUUCCGAUAUACAAGUCCGGGCAUGGGAUGAGUGCAUUGUCUCAGGAGGAGGCGAAGAUCAUUAGUGAUCUGUCACAAAGUCAUGUGCCGCCCAAGAAGAUUUUGGCUAACUUGAGACAAAAUGGUUUGGGUCUCGAUGCUUAUUCGAAACAAAUAUACAAUCAGAAGGCGAAAUUGAAAAGACUAUCUAGGGGUGACCGUACAGUGAUGCAACAUUUGAUUGGGUUGCUUGAGGAGCAUAACUAUUACAAGUGGUUUCAUACUGAUGAAACAACACAUGCAGUUACUGAUUUGAUGUGGGCUCACCCUCAAUCUGUCGAAUUGUUAAGUAAGUUUCCAUAUGUAUUACUACUUGACAGUACUUACAAAACCAAUCAGUACAAAUUGCCUUUGUUGGAGAUUGUUGGUGUUACUCCUGUCGGGAAAUUUUUUACUGUUGCAGUCGCAUUUUUGCGCCAUGAAAAUGAAGACCAUUACACAUGGGUGUUGCAAAAGCUGAAGAGACUUUUCCCCCCUCAGACUCUACCUAGUGCCAUCGUGACGGAUCGAGAGUUAGGGCUCAUAAAGGCGCUAGAGAAUGUAUUUCCGACCGUACCUCAUCUCUUAUGUCUUUGGCACAUUAACAUGAAUGUGGGGCGUCGUGCUUCAAGAUGUCUCGGCAAUAGUAGGCGUCGCGGCACGGCUUUUGUACUUGGUAUGUGGCAAACUUUGGCAAAAUCAGUGUCUGAAGAAGAUUUCGCCAGGAAUUACACAGCUUUGAUUGACGAGUACGCGAAUUAUCCAGAUUUGAUUGAGUAUCUCCAAUACACUUGGCUCGUAUACAAAGAGAAAUUUGUAAAAGCAUGGACGGAUCUAAUUUUCCAUUUGGGUAAUACAUCGACAAGCAGGGUGGAGAGCAACCAUAGAGCAUUGAAGAGAUGGUUGGAAUCGUCCACGGGUGGCUUCGACACAUUUUGGGCACAGUAUCACUCAAUGAUGAAAGAUCAAUUUAACGAGAUACUAGCCGAUUUUGCAAAAUCAAAGAGGAUUCGGGCCCAGACGAUCAACGUGCCCGUAUUUAAAAUAUUGUCCAGUGGAAUUGUAACACAUAAUGCUCUGCAGAUGUUGGACGAUGAGAAGGAUGAAGACAUAGACGGUUGCGUCUGUUAUAUGAGGAAAUGUCUUGGACUCCCAUGCAGACAUGAAAUUCGUGCAAAGAUGAAUGCACGACGUGGUGUGUUUUAUGCAGAGGAUGUCCACAUUUUUUGGAGGACAUUUAUUUCGGGAUUCGGGGAUUCCCUAGAUGAAAGUGUUGGUUCUGUUCCCGACCACAGGUCACAGGCUAUUGGCAGGCUAGAAGGGUUAAUGAAUGAUUUGCGUGAGCGGUCAGAAAUUGAGAUCACGGACGUGACAGAUGUCAUUUUUGAACGAAUGCAUCCCGGGGCCAUGGAAAUGAAUCCGCCACCAGUACUAGCCUGCCCGAGAGGUAGACCGCGGACGAAGAAGAUUUCGCCAGGCUCAUAG